AUGGGGGCCGAGCAAAGCAACGAAGCACCCACGUCCAAGCCGGUCCUCGACCCGUACAAAGAGCGCAUCCGGGAGCUCGAGCGUGAGCUGAAGGAGACCAAGGCCAAGCUCGAGAAGGAGAAGCACGAGCGGGCUGCCGAGGUCGAAGCGCUCACACGCCUGCACGAGACCGAGCUCGAGCUCUACGCUGCCCAAGUCGCAGGAGCCCGGCGCUUGGGUGAUGCGGCAGCUGCCAGAAUCGACGCUGACGUCCAGCGCCUCACUAAGGAGCGCGCGAUGUACCUCAUGCAGCAGCGACUCAACUCGGUCAUGGAAGUCGACGACGCCACCUUCGAGUACAUCCCAGGCCUCCUGGACUUCGACGAGCGCGACUUCCCAUUCGCGUCGCUUAAGCCUGGACGGCUCCAAGACGGCCCGCACGUGUUGCGCAUCCGGCUCAAGAAGGACUUCAAAGGCAACCAAGAAGUUGUCCUGCGCUUCAAGAAGACCCUAGCCAUCAUGCAAGCGCUCAAUGGCGGCGACGGGACGCUCCUCCGGCUCAUCGGCGCCUGCAACCUCGACUCGGACGACCCGAUCGCGUACGUCGAGUACGUCACGGGCAUGACCCUCAGCGCGUACCUCAUGGACAAGCAAGACGCGACGUGGUCUGAGAAGCUGCACAUUGCAGUCCAAAUCGCCAAGGCCAUCGUCCAUAUUCACAACCUCGCCGUCAUGCACCGCGACCUCUCGUGGUCCCGCGUCUACGUGGAUGCAAAAGGCCACGUCAAGGUCUUCGCCGGCCUCAAGAUGCGCCAGGUCCAGGCGUACGAGUCGUACCUCAACUCUGGUGUCUCGGAAGCUCGGUGGGGUGCCCCCGAGACACUGAUGACGGCUGACGGCGGCGCCACAACGUACACGGACAAGAUCGACAUUUUCGGCCUCGGUCUCAUCCUCAUCUCGCUCGUGACCCGUGACCUCCCGUUCACGUACAUCGUAAAGACCACUGGGCGGCCGACCUCCAUCGAUGACAACCUUGUCGCGGCUAAGCUGAAGAAGCGCGAAACGGCGAUCCCGAUGCUGACGCAGUCGUUCGAC